AUGGGCGCGUCAACCGGCAGUGCCUACCUGGUCGGACGCGCUUUCCCCCGCAACUCGCGCUUCAUCGCCCUUGGGUGCCUCAUCCUUGCUGCCUUUGGCCUCCUCUUACUCGCACACCAACGCCCAGAGCACCUCACCACAGUGCGCCAGUACAUCGCCGGCGGAUGCCCCGACCACUCGUACUACGAUGCAGACGAACUGACCUUUGGUACCGCCACCGCCGCCGCCGCCAGCAGCCCAGCGGCCAGACAGUGCUCCGCCGAUUCCGAAAUCGACCGUAUGGACGAGCUUUGGGGAUCGCUUGGUCUCGACAUGAGCGUCGCCCAUGCUGGUAGCGCCCUGCGCGUCCGUCGCGUGAUUCAAAAGAUCCAGCGCGGCGAGAAGGUGGUCAUCGGUGCGGUUGGUGGCUCCAUCACAUACGGACGCAACCUCAAGCCAGAGAACGACCCUUGGCCCUGGUCACGUCUGCUGGAGAAGAACUUGAAGGAGUUCUUCCCAGACGCCGAUAUUACAGUUCAGAACGGCGGAGUUCCUGCCACAGGAACUGAUUACUUUGCCUACUGCUACCACCUCCAUGUGGACCACGAUGCCGACCUGAUCAUCAUCGAGGAAGCGGUGAACGAUCUCUCCAUUAAUGGCAACGCAGUCCAAGCCGAGACCGACCUGCGGGCCAGGCAACAGCGUGAGAACGCCGUCACCUACAACAGCGAGGUGCUUGUUCGCAACAUCCUUAGGCAGCGCGAGGACAAUGCGGUCAUGAUGCUCUCGCUGUGGAUCAAGACCCAGGACUACAUCAACGGCGCCGACAGCCACGCCAUCGUCGCCGAGUACUAUGACAUUCCCCGCAUUUCGCACCGCCCGUACCUCUACCGCUACCUCAUGCAGAACCCAGACCAGGUUACUACGCACUACCUCCUUCCCGAUUUUGGUCACCAGACUCAGCUCAACCACCAAUACAUGGCCGAUUCCUUGUACCGCUUCAUCCUCCAGCAGGUGUGCUACCUUGAAAAGCAUGGAGCCGCACUGCCCGAGGAUGCUCUGAAGGGAUCCAUGAUGGAGCGGGUCAUUGACCCAUGGCCCGUGCCACCCCGUGGCAUUUUCCAGCGCAUCGACUCUGAUCUCAAGCCCGAAGUCGAGCCAUUCUGCCUGUCGGCCAACGCCAAGCGCGAAGGAAAGCCCCUUCUUUGGCCUUCGAGCGUAGACGGCUUUACCAACGUGACCAUCCACGACAAAAGCUACUGGCAGUCCGACAAGCCCGGAUCAACGGUCACCUUCAGCGACCUGGAGUCGCACGCCGGCGGCCUGUCCAUCUACUACAAGCGCUCCAACAAGGACAUGGGAGACAUGCUCUGCUGGGUCGACGACAACAAGGACAAGGCCGUGACGCUCAUUGGUUUCUGGCAAUACGUCACAGUCGGCUACUCUAUGCCUGUCCGCACCGACCUCAACCAGGGCAAGCACAGCCUCACGUGUGAGGUUCUCGAGACCACGCACGACCCCGCGGGUGGUACCUUGGUGCAGAUCAUCGCCAUUAUGGGCACUUAG